GAAAAAUGGCGGUAAGUUGAGCUGUUGUUAGGCGCCUUUUGUUGAUCGUUACUCUCUUGUGGAGUUUAGGCUUUUUACUUUUUAUCUUGGAGUUGGUAACUUAGAAUAAAAUGGCACAACCUAAGCAAAUUACCCAAGACACCUUCGAUGCCGUUGUCCGGGAGAAUAUAGACGAGUUUGAAAUGGAUUUGGCCGAGGCUGUUAAAGAUGCUAAGGAUCAGUUUAAAACUCAGGGUGUGGACUUGUCAAACUUGAUUACAUCAUACGUGAAAGAUCCGGACACAGGUGAACUAAAACACAGCAAUCCAGUCAAAGGUAAUGGCACACUUUUAAUACGUCUUACAGCUAAGUAAUGUGGCUUAAAAGAAGAAUCCUUAGGUUAGAUGGAUUUAUCAAGAGAGACAGUGGGCCCCAGGGGCCCCACUCACAUAUUUUAAUGACGGGGGGGUCCGAAGGAUUUUUUUGGGUCUGACAUUUUGGCCAAAAGGGAUUAUUUUGGGUCUAUGAAAGACGCCGGGAUUUUUUUGGGUCGCGAAAACAUUACAGGGAUUUUUUUGGGUAUUGUACUUUUCAUCAGCUCAAAUCAAAAAUAUUAUAAGUGCAAUUUAUAGUUUUGUUUUUGACCAAAACCAAAGUUGAAGUUGGCAUGUUUUAGCUUUCCAGAUGAUAAAUAAUAAAAUUUGCUGAUGCAAAAACACUGAGGGAUUUUUUUGGGUAGACAAAUUCUGAAGUUGGGAUUUUUUUGGGUAUAAAAUAUGAACCUCUGUCGGACCCCCCCCCUCCCCCCCUGUCAAUAAAAUAUGUGAGUGGGGCCCCUGGGCAGUGGGCACUUUCCAUUCAACAAAAUUUUAAAAUUCCUGUUUGAAAUUUCGGAAAUUCCACGUACCCGAUGGAAUGGUACAUUUCGGUCGCACAGACCUCACCCAAGCGACCGUGUGUUUGGUUAUUGUUCUUCACUUGCAAGCAGGAUACAAAAGAGCGGUACUGGGGACAACACUUUUGUCAAAUGGAAAGGGACAUUUUGGUCCAACCAACCAGACCGCUAAAAGAAGACCACAAGAUGGUCCUGAAUAUUCCAGUCGGACCAAACCGAAAUGGUCUGUUCCAUUUGACGUACCAACCGAAAUUUCCAGAAUUUUGGGUUCAAUGGAAGCCACCCACACUUAAGCCUAACUUUAGUUAACAUUUUAUUUUGUUAUAGACCAAGAGUAGGCUAGAUAAUUUUGAAGGAUUUUAAAGGAAAUAAGGAGAAAGGCAGGGUGCAAAGACAGUCAGUUUUAUGGCUUUUAGUUCAGGCAAGCUGUAGCUAGCAUGUAAAUAAUAUAGCCCAAAAGUCAUUUCAACUACCCUGAAAAAACUCCUUGAUAAGCAUUGAUUACAGUUCUUCUGUAAUUUGAAUUCCCCCAAAAAUUUACUUCGCAGUGGUAUUGGGCAUGUUAAGAACAGAAUUCACUAGCCUUACAGCAAAAUUCACUAGCCCCAGGCUAUCAGACACUACUUUUUUUGGCAUACUGUGAGAGCCUCUCCAAACUCAGGAGAAGUGUCAAUGUGAGCCUUGGUGCAUGUGGUGGGGUGGGGGAAGGAAGGGAGUCAGAGGUGCUGUCCCUGUGCCUUCAAUACUAUUAUUUACCUAUGGUGCACUUGAAGCUAAGGCGAAAGAUGAAAAUAAAGUAAACUCUCUCUAAGAUAGACUCCUUCGAGGCCAGCACAAAGGGGCUGUUUUCGAAGGUUGAGGUGCCCGCACAACAGUCCAGUCAAAGAAAAUGAAGGAAUAAAAGGAAGCAGUGCCCAACAUGUGGUGUCUGUUCUGUGAAGGUUUUAUAUCGUGUAUUCUCCCCUGCUCACUACUUACGGGUCAAAUGAAGUCCUCUCUGGGAGUCCCAGGGUUCGCACAGUGUUGAAAAGUCCUUGAAUUUUCUUCAACUUUGAAUGUAGUGGCCUGUAAAGGGUUUUUUAAAUGCUUUUUGGUUAUCCAAGACAAUAUAAAUCAUAACUCAGAAAAGUUAAAGGCUAUUUACAAAAAGGGCUCUUUGUUUAUGCAAUAAUUAACUAUCAACUUAAGACAAGAGAAGUUAGUGGAGAAAACAGUUCAACUUCGAGCCUUAAAGUCUUGUUAGAAUAGACUGGGAAUGUGCAUUUUUGUACAAUGUGUGACUUAUAUUCCUGGUAGGUGGUCCUUGAAAACCGAAUGUAGACCUUGAAAGGUCCUUGAAAAAUGGUUGAAUUUUUUUGUAUGGACCCUGACUCUGGGGCAAGUAGAUUUUUCUUGCAGGGCAAGUAACGUUCGUCCUCAAACAAAAUCAUUUGCUAAGACAAGCAAGGAGUGGCCAUGGGUGAGCAGAAUGUGAGAGCUGGAAUUCCAUAUUUUUUCUAGCCCUGCUUUUCUAGGGAUGGUCCUCUGAGGAAAGAUAUCACGUUCAUGAAUUUCUUGCUCUCAAAGUUUACCCACAUCCAGCAUCCACAAUGACAGUUCUCAAAAUUUUGUGAUAAUAAUGAUAUGUUUUUUCUAAAAUUUCUUGUAGAUGCUUUGGAAAAGAUAAAGACAUCCUUGCAAGAGGGAGAAGCAGAACCUCUUUUGGAAGGACUAAAUAGUCUUUCUCUUGAGUGCAACAAAAAUGAAAAUAAUAGAAAAUUUGCAGCAAGCAAAGAUGCCUUAAACUUGCUUUACAACUCAUGCAAUCAUGGUUAUUUAUUGAAGGAUAAAAAUGUUCUUGGUGCUAGUUUGGAUGCCUUGUCAUCACUUUUGAGUGGUCAAGGAGAGCUGGUAAAUUCUAAUAUGAUUGAAUUCUUAGCAAACAGUUUGAAGGAACUAAAAGAAGACAUUUUGUUUGGGAAAAUUGUUAAAGCUGUAAGAACAGCCUGUGUCAAGAGUGAAUCAAAUCGUCAGACAUUUGUUGCAAAUGGUGUUAUACCUUGCCUGGUAUCUGCUUUAAUGGAAUACAAAAAGUCCUCAGAGAUCAUUGUAGAAAUAUGUUCUGCUUUGCGUGUUUUCACAUUUGAUGAUGACAUGAGUGUAGCCUUUGGAAAAGCUCACGAGCAUGCCAAGUUGAUUGUGACAGAGAAUGCUCUCUCCAUUAUCCUGAACAUUAUGGAAACCUGUGAAGAUGUCGAUGUUGCCAGUGAGUUGUGUGUCACAUUAAGUCGUUUGGCUGUACGAAAUGAAUACUGCAAGGAUAUAGUUGAUCUGGGUGGAUUAAAAAUGGUGCUGAAGCUAUUACAAGAACAUACUUCCAAUCAGGUUUGUAUCAUCACAGGUAACCCAAGCUCGAGUGAUCACUUUUACAUAACAGAAAUGUUAUAAGGGUUCUUCAACUUUUCACUGAUACUGGCAGAAUCCUCCAUCCUGAUGAAAUACUCCUCUCUCUAAGUUGUCAAGAAUAUCAAAUGUGUAUCAAGAAUUUGGGGCCAAAAAUAGUGGAAAUUAAGGUUGCGGACUGAAUUAGAUGUAACGCUCCACUGACUUAAUAAUAAUAGUAUUAUUAAUGGCACGGAAAUUAAUGUGUAGAAAAAUUAAUACAACUUAAAUUAAAGCAAAUUUUUGAAAUUCACAUUGAUUUCUUGAAGCAUUAAUUUCUUAUAAUAAGGUAUAAUAAGUAACUGAAAAUUGAUUGUAAUCUUCUUAAAAUUCCAGAAUAUUGCAAAGCAGGUGUGCACACUCCUAAGGGCAAUAGCAGGAAAUGAUGAUGUCAAGACUUCUAUUGUUGAUGCUGGAGGCCUGUUACUUAUUGUGGCAGCUAUGGCUACCCAUGCUAAACAACCAACAGUGGCAGAGCAGGGUUGUGCUGCACUGGGGUCCAUUGCUCUACGCAGUCCCCCAAACUGUACCGCCAUUGUUGGUGCUGGGGGAGUUGAGGCCAUCUUGAAAGCCAUGCAGAUUCAUCCAGAGAAAUCUGGAGUACAGGUAUGGUGGUUUGAUUCUCUUGGUAGAAGACCCUUUCAGCAUUGCGGAGACAGUCGUAAGUGACCAUCCCCCAUAAGCGACCACUUAUCCAAAACAGGGCUUUGCUCUAGCAGAGCCCAGUGACCCCUGGCGCUUAACUUUUGCCCUUGGGCAACUAGAAAAUCUCAGUUUCUUCAUACAAAUCAUAUGCUGGGCACCCUAGAUUUUACAGCUUCAGGGCACUGGGCUCCCUUCAAUUUUCCUUAGAGCACAAGCUUGCAAAACACCAAACCUUUUUCCAGGCAAACUCUUAAAGUUGGAACCUCUUGCAAGUGACCAUCUCCUAUAAGGCGUUUUCUAUUGUUUUUAACAUCUUGUAAGCAACUUCUUGAUGCAUGGUCUGAUCUCUAUGUUCACUAUAUGUACCAUGCUAUUCAGAGUAUGUGAAAAACUUUUAGGGACAACAUGGAACAACACAUAUUGUAACUAAGAAAUUUCAUGCAAAGAAUUAUCUUCCAUAAAGUAGAUAAGUCUUCUCCUCUUCUCUGAAGAGACCUUUGUGGUUUGACGCCUGUAAGCAACCACUUCCCAUAAGUGACCACUAAAUCUUCGCAUUUUGGGUGGUUGCUUACGGAAGGUUUGACUGUAUCUGGAUUAUGCUGGACCACGGUCAUGGACAUUUGAAGCUUGCUUGCCUUUACUCUCCCUGCAGCUCAGUAGCUGAAUGCCUGUUCAGGUUUUGAGCCUAAGAUCAAGCAUCUUUCUGUAUAAUCAUGACAUACAACACAUUUUCAGGUCUUAAAAAUAUAAUGUAAGCUCAAAUUUGAUUGCCUAAUUAAGGAGAUGCUCUUUAUAAGAAAACUCAAACUAUCCCUAAACGUGCAGGCGGACUCGAUUUGCGCAAAGGUAUUCUCUUGAAGAACUUGUGAUCCUUUGUUAUUAUACUAAUUUGUAGAGACUAUAGAAAUCAAAUCUUCGCAUUACUUAUUCAUUUUGCCUUGGGAAUGGUGUCAUGAUGAUACCGAAACGUCGGCUUUUAAAUUUAAUAUUUGCUUGCUUAUGUUUUAAGAAAUGGUUAUUGAUCAAGAAUGUAAGCUCAAGUGUCUUAUUUCAUGUCUCAAUCUGCACAUGUUCUGUGAUUGAUCAGUUUGUGUGGUACAAGGUAAUGUAUGCACACAUGUGUUCUGUUGCACUAUUAAAAUUUGAACUACCCCUAGAUAUGAUACUAGUAAGUAUCUUACUGAUCUGGUAUCCAAAAACUGUUUACUAGUAGCUUCUGAUAUGUUAUCACAUCUUGUGUUUUUAUUCCCUUUUUUCUUUCUUUCUUUCCUUCUGGUCCAUGACGAAAAACUUGGCUGGUAAAUUUCACCCACAUUACCUUAAACGUUGUUUAGCAAGAGGCAUUUAUUAUGCUAACUGUUUUUACUAAAAUACUCACAACUCCUUGAACUUUUCCAAUUAUAUGUAAUUUUUCAUUUUCUGAGAGUACGUUAACGCUGCCCAUGUUUUGAUUUAUUUUUUUGUUUGUUUUUGUAGAAACAAGCCUGUUUAGCCAUUCGUAACUUAGUUGCUCGUAACCCAGAGCACCGUGACAUCAUACUUGAGGCAGGAGGUGAGAGUUUGAUCAGAAAGGCUUAUACACAGAUGCCUGAUUGUGAAGAUUUAGCCAAGGGUGCUUUACGAGAUCUUCUGUGUGAAGUGGAGCUGCAGGAACUGUGGACUGGAACUGGGCAAGGCAAAGUCCAUCACUGA